AUGCUCAAGAAAAAUCCAACAAAAAAUAAAAAUUCAUCAAAGCGUGCUCGUAGUAAUAGUACUGAAAACAAUGAUGGCCACAACGGCCACAACGGUAACAACGAAAGAUUAUUGAAAAGACUAACCACCAAUCCUCCUUAUAAAUUGACGUUGCCAAUUGACGAACUAAUUAAACCAAAAACUGAUUAUAAUGCCAAACUUAAAGCAGAAUCCCAAAUGACGAAUUUGAAUAAUCGAGAAAAAUCCAAAUUGAUUGCAAACAUUUGGAAUUCUCAAUCUUCUGAAGUAAAACAAUUUUUUCAAAUAUUAAGUAUGGCAGCUAAUGUUAAACAUAAAUUAACCUUCAAUAAUUUCAAUAAUCUUGACGUUUUAAGCCAUUUCAAUAAUUUCAACAAUCUUGACGCUUCAAGUAAUUUCAAUAAUAAUUUCAAUAGUCUUGACGCUUCAAGUAAUUUCUAUGAUAAUUCCAACAAUAUUGACGCUUUAAAUGUUUUUAAUAACUUCAAUGUUCCUCCAAUUAAUUUCGAUAGUCUCAAUAAUCCUUUCAAUAAUCCCAUUAAUUCUCUAAACAAUUUCAAUUUUGACGAUCUAAAUAACAACUUCAAAACUCAACUUUCUCUCACUGGAGACAAUUUAGUUCAUGAGGUGUCGACUUUAGGUUUGAAUAAAAAUUUAUUCAAGAAAUUAUUCAGAAACCUUAAAUGUACACGUGGUGAAAUUGGAAGUGAUCAACACGGAAAUAGAUGGACCAAUAACGAUACGUGA